AUGACGGAACAAAAUAAAAAAUCUUUUUUGGUAGACUUUAUGAUGGGUGGUGUUUCAGCAGCAGUUUCUAAAACAGCAGCAGCACCAAUUGAACGUGUAAAGCUUCUUAUUCAGAAUCAAGAUGAGAUGAUCAAAGCAGGCCGUCUUCAAACACCUUAUAAAGGAAUUGGCGAGUGUUUUACCAGAACAGUUAAAAAUGAAGGAGUUAUAUCACUUUGGCGUGGUAAUACAGCCAAUGUCAUUAGAUAUUUUCCAACACAAGCAUUAAAUUUUGCUUUUAAAGAUAAAUUCAAGAAAAUGUUCAAUUAUAAAAAGGACAAAGACGGUUAUGCUAAAGUUUUCCUUGGUAACAUUGCAUCUGGCGGUGCUGCUGGUGCUGCAUCUUUGACUUUUGUCUACUCACUUGAUUAUGCUCGUACUCGUCUUGCCAACGAUGCAAAAGCUGCCAAAAAAGGUGGUGAACGUCAAUUCAAUGGCCUGGUUGAUGUUUAUCGUAAAACCAUUAAAUCCGAUGGUAUUAUUGGUCUUUAUAGAGGAUUCAAUAUUUCAUGUGUUGGUCUUUACUUUGGUAUGUACGAUUCUCUGAAACCUAUUGUUUUAACCGGGGCAGUCAAAGACAGUCUUUUGGGAUCCGAUCAUCCUUCUAUGACUAGAUUCUUACUUGGAUGGUGUGUAACUAUUGGAGCAGGUCUUGCAAGUUAUCCUAUAGAUACUAUAAGACGUAGAAUGAUGAUGACAUCUGGUGAAGCUGUUAAAUAUAAGUCUUCAUUACACGCGUGUAAAGAAAUUAUUGCCAAAGAGGGUACAAAAUCUUUGUUCAAAGGUGCUGGUGCUAAUAUUCUUCGUGCUAUUGCUGGCGCUGGUGUGUUGGCUGGUUAUGAUAAACUUCAAGUCAUUUUCUUGGGUAAAAAAUAUUAA